AUCCGUCUCGCUGUCUCCACAUUUUACAAUCUUGCCAUUCAUGAGUGCAGCCCAUAAAACGAAUACCCCAACUUAAAAAUAUACCAUAAGAGAACAGCUAUGAAAGGCAUCCAGUUAAACACCACAAUAUUACUCUUUGCCGCGACGAUGCAAACAGUUUACCCAUUCUCUGUUUCCUCGCCCCAAGCUACCGGGACGGGCAGCAAAGAACGCGUCCUAGUAGUUGGCGGCGGUAUUGGGGGACUUUCGACGUCCUUUGAUUUACGCCACCACUUGCCGAAAGAUGUACACAUUUCCAUGUUGAGCGACAGGGACAACUUUCAAUUCACUCCUUCGAACCCUUGGGUGGCGUUUGGAGAGCGGACUGCCGAAGAUAUUAGUAUUCCUAUGGAGGAAGCCUGCAAAGCGGGUCGGGUCGAGUACGUUCCUGGUAAGCUCGUUAAGGUCGACGCCGAGGCUCUCAAGGCACACGUCGAUUAUCGCUACGGUACUACUGCCGUUUUGGAUUAUGACUAUUUGGUUGGUGCCACUGGGCCGAAACUCGACUGGAACGGCAUUAUCGAAUUGUAUCACGGACCGCAAGAAGACGUAGCGGCUGUGUCUGUCUGCUCAACCCCUCACUGUGUUCGAAUCUUGUCCAAUUCAAACCCAUCGCUAAAAUCUACGGGAUACAACACAGGUCAAGGCGAACGAAGACCCAAGUACUAG